CCUAUCCCAAUGCCCGGCCAGUAUCACGCUGUACUUGAGCAACUUUUCCUUGAGCCGGCGGGCCGCCAAUUCUCAGCCGCCCAGCGACCACAAACGCCGGCAUGUCGUUUCUGGAUCAACCCUGGUGCCCCACCAGCGUCCAGGUGACCGUGCUUCAAGCCCGUGGUCUCAGGGCGAAGGGCAAAGGCGGCACCAACGACGCCUACGCGCUCAUGCAAGUGGGCAAAGAAAAGUACCAGACUUCGGUGGUGGAGAAGAGCGUGGCUCCCGUGUGGAAGGAGGAAGCCGCCUUCGAGCUGCCGCAGCACGGCGCGGGAGGGGAGCGAGGCACGCUGCGCGUUCACGUCCUACACCGAGCCCUGGUGGGACCUGACAAGCUGCUGGGUCAGGCCGUCAUCGACCUGGUGCUGCUCGCACAGGACAAGAGCCGGAACAAGACUGAGUGGUUCAAGUUACUGGACAAGAGCGGCAAGGCGGACAAAGACCGAGGCGAGGUCCUCGUGGACAUCCAGUUCAUGAGGAACAACAUGACGGCCAGCAUGUUCGACCUCUCCGCCGCGGGCAAGUCUCGAUCCCGCUUGGGCAAGCUCAAGGACAAAGUCCGGGGCAAGAAAAAAGAAUGGGAGGCGCCGGCGGCGGCGUCCACGCAGGUUCUCACCGACAGCGAGGAAGAAGAGGACGGGGAGGCGGCUGCGGGCAAAGAAGAGGAGAAGAAGAAGAAACCGAAAAUCAAGUCUUUGUUUUCUCACAAGUCUAACCUGCAGAGGAACAUGUCGCAGUCCAUGUCCAUCCUCCCCGCCAAGAACACCCCGCUGAGCGGCAGCCUAUCGUCUGGGCUCAAUGCCGACGCCUCCGAAGGUAAGAAGAAAUUCAAGUUCAUGAAACACAAGCGCUCCGGCAGCUCGGACAGCAAAGAGUCGUCGUCGUCUCAGAAACGUGCAGCUGUGGAAAAGAGCAACCUGUGCAUCAAUGGGAGUCACGUUUACUGCGAGGAACUUCCGCCGCGCACCGCUCGCAUCGGUUCCAACUUCAGUCUGGGCAGCUCGGGACGCGGCUCCAUGGAGGACGUUCCGGAAAGCUUCCCGCCGUCGCUCGACUCGCUCCCGGCGAUAAGGCAGCACACACCCUGGGAGGAGGAGGAAGAGGUGGAGCAGGAAGAGGAACGGGAAGAAAAGAGCAAUGAGAACUUGGACGGCGAGGAGGAGAUGGAAGCGAGAGGAGAGUCGGACGGAUCCGCUUAUAAAGUGAGGGUGAACGACCAGGGGGGGAUGACGAGAGAAGGGGAGAGGGAUGAAGAGAUGGCUACAAUUGAGGAGGAAGAAGAAGAAGCGAGAAGACAAGACCUGGAGAAGAGGAGACAGGAGGAGAGGGCGAGAAGAGAAGAACUGGAAAGAGUGACGAUGGAAAAGAGGAGACGGGAGGAAGAGGAGAGGAGAAGAGAGGAAGAGGAAAGGAGGAGACGAGAGGAACUGGCGAGAUUAGAAGAGGAAAAGAGAAGACGGGAGGAAGAGGAGAGGAGAAGAAGAGAGGAACUGGAUAGAUUAGAACAGGAAGAGAGAAAACGAGAGGAAGAGAGGAAAAAAGAGGAAGAGGAGAGGUUAAGAAGAGAAGAACUGGAAAGAGUGACGAUGGAAAAGAGGAGACGGGAGGAAGAGGAGAGGAGAAGAGAGGAAGAGGAAAGGAGGACAAGAGAGGAACUGGCGAGAUUAGAAGAGGAAAAGAGAAGACAGGAGGAAGAGGAGAGGAGAAGAGAGGAAGAGGAGAGAUUAGAAGAGGAAGAGAGGAAAAAAGAGGAAGAGGAGAGGUUAAGAAGAGAAGAACUGGAACGAUUAACAAUGGAAAAGAGGAGUCAGGAAGUAGAGCAGAGGAAAAGAGAGGAAGAGGAAAGGAGGAGAAGAGAAGAACUGGAUAGAUUAGAAGAGGAAGAGAGGAAAGAAGAGGAGAGGUUAAGAAGAGAAGAACUGGAAAGGGUAACAAUGGAAAAGAUGAGACGGGAGGCAGAGGAGAGGAGGACGGAGGAAGAGAAGGCGAGAAAGGAGGAAGAGGAGGAGCGAGGGCGAUUAGCGGAGGAAAAGAGACGGGAGGAAGAAUUGAAGAGGAGGGAAGAGAUGCUGCAAAGACGAGAGCUGGAGAGAAUAGCGGUGGAAGAGGAGAGGGAAGCGCGGGAGCGGCUGAGGCAGGAGAGUAAGCGAGAGGAAGAGUCGGGAAGAGUAGAGGAAGAAAAGUUGAGGCGGGAGGAAGAGAAGGCAAGAAGGGAAGAAGAGGAGCGGGAACGGUUCGCCGAGGAGAGAAGGAAUGAAGAGAAAGAGGAAGAGCGGGAACGACUUGUUGAGGAGCAGAGGAGACUUGAAGAGAAGGCGAGAAAAGAGGAAGAAGAAGAGGAGCGAGUGAGAAGGCGAGAAGAGAAGCAACGCUUAGCGGAGGAGGAACAGCGGCUGGCGGAAGAGGAGAGAGCGAUGGAGGAGGAGCGGGAGGGAAGGCGAAAAGAAGAGGAACGCUUGGCAAAAGAGCGAGAGGCCGCAGAGACGCAGGAGAAAGCUUGCCAGGCCAAAAGGGAGGAGCAACAGAGGAGAAAAGAGCAGGAAGAGGAAAGCGGGAAACUUGCCCAGGAGGAGGAACGUCGAAGGGUCCAGGAUGCGAGGGGGGAAAACGAGCGGAAGAAGUUGGAGGAGGAAGAAAAGCAACGGCAGGAGCGAGAACCGAGGGAGGAAGCCGAGGAGGAGCGAGAGAGGAGAUGGGAGGAGGGCGGCGACGAGAGGAGGAAGGAACCACGCGCGAUGCAAGACGAAGCGCAGGAACAGGAUCGCCCUCCAAGCGCGGCGCUUGAAAAUGCCCAAGUUCAUUCCGCCAAUCCUUUUGACGAGGACGACAUUCCCAACCCGGCGCCGUCGUCCAAAGGCAGCACUACAGACCCCACCGUCGCGCAAAGGUGCCGACCGGCCGAGCCGUCGACCGCCGUCGGUCCACGCGAGAAGCGGCCAGCUCCUCGGCCCCCGACGGACGGACGCCACGACCCUUCAGCGCAUCCGUCGACGCUUCCCGAGAAGGUCCAAGAAAAGGAGGUGAAAACUGCCAGCGUUCCCCCUCGGCGCUCGGUGCAGACCACGCCCCCACGGAGCACAUCUCCCAGCGACGAGCCCAAAGGCGGCGCGAUCAAACGCGCCAAAGGUCCCGCGCCGUCAAUACCUGCUGCUGAAUCCAAGACCGUCCCGGUUGUGCGCCACUUAAAUCCAUUUGAUGAUGAUGAUGAUGAUGAAGCAAACGCUGCACAAAAUGACGCAUCCUGCGGCCAUCGCGGCUCGGCGUCGCCACUUGUGUCGCAAACUCCCGAUUCGGACGCCGCUUCUCAAAGCAAAGUCAAAUCUUCGAAAGCGGCCCGUGCGCCCCCGCCCCCCGCCGACACCGCCGCUGCAUCUGUGCCCGCUGACACCAAAAUCCAAGCGCCCAAAGCUGGUCAGGCUUCGCGGACCCGGGAGAGUCCACCAAAGGAGCCGAAGCAGCGCGGGCAGCAGGGUGGGGGCCUGAAGAAAGAAGCACCUCCCGCACCUUCGCGCAGACUUCAGCCUGUGAAACCGCUCAGUGCUCAGGAGCAGCAUCCUGUCACAGAGGUCCAAGUCGAAAAAGAGAAAUCGGGGGCGAAUGUCGGUCAAGUUGAGGUAAACGUCAGCAAGGAGAAGGGGCCGUACUCGAUGCUCACCCGGGAGGAACUCGUCUCUCUCGUGGUAAAGCAGGAGAAGCAACUUCGGGACAAGGACAAAAAGAUAGCGGAGCUGGAGCAGUACAUCGACAACUUACUUGUGCGCGUCAUGGAAGAGCAACCAAGCAUUCUCAUGUCUCUGAAAAAAGUCAUCUAGGUGGAUUUGGCCAAUGGAUUUGUUCGUUGGUGUUGUUUUUGCCUUUCUCUGCACUUCAAACAAAUGAGUGGAGGUGCCCGUUUUCUAAAUAUUCAGCAUUCCUGUUCUUUUUGCUUCAAUUGAUCAGUGCACUCAUCGUCAGUCUUAAUAUGAAAUAUUGCCAUCGUGAUUACUAUUUUAAAAGCAGAAAAUGACUCCUGUCUGCCCUCUUUUUGCAAACGUUUGCCUUUUUGAUGCUUCCAACGAUGCAUUUGUUACAUCAACGUAUCUUCUUGCACUGAUUACUAAAUGUUUACAUGAUCCGAUAAAAAGCACUUUACUUGGCUUACGUUAGUUUCUACACCGAUUGCAAUGUUCUGUUGUAAAGUAUUAACGUAUGAAAUCGAAAUGCCAAAAAAAGGAUCUUUCCCUCCUGUUGUUUGUAUUCACUCUGAUGUUUGUAUUCACUGCACAAAAACAUUGAAUCGUUUACCUUUGCCGGUAUUGUUACAAGAAUAAAGUAUUUUCGACAAUCA